AUGGGCUCUGAGAACUAUGAAAGCACGGUACCCCCAUAUGCUUCAACGACAUGCUCCUCUGCAUACACGCCCGCGAGCGAAACGACUUUGAAUAACGGCCUGUGGGAUGGCUAUUACUACACAGUCCCCUGGCCCGACAAUACAUACCUGAUCCUUGAAAAGGGCACCAAGCGAGCAAUCACGUUUGAGCAGGAGGCAGUUAUCCUCCAGGACGUGAACGAGGAGGGCCAGAGAGCAGCACAAGAGUGGCACUGUGUCAGCAAAGACAACUAUUUUGCAUUUUACAAUCCGAAGUCAGGGAAGUACAUGGGCCACGAUGGCGGCGACUAUAUAUUUGCGAAGGCCACGGAACCCAAGGCGUGGGAGUGCAUCACAGCGACCCAGCAUCCCGAGGGAGGAUAUCGGCUGUCGAUGCCGCAUUACUGGGAGUGGUUGAGGGUGGUGACCGUAGCGGAUAACGGGAAGAAUCUAUCGAGGAGAGUUCAUGGAACGACGCUGUGGGACUUUGUGAAAGUCUAG